UCCAGAGCAGUGUUCUAUAGUGACAACCAACGCAGGGGACUAUUCCUUUUGCCAAGGAUCAGCUUAUCACCUCCAAUAAGAAGAAUGGAAGAAAGGAGCACCAGUGGAGAAUUCAUGAGCAUGGAUGCAGUCAUGCCAACCUGGGAGGCACAAACCACACCAAUGAAUGGCAGUUUUCCAAUGUGCUAUAAGAAGAAUCUUAUCCUGGCUUUCCUCACCCUCAUCAUUGCCAUGAUCGGUGUGGCAGGAAACGCAGUUGUGCUCUGGAUCUUGGGAUGCUGCAUGCGCAGGAACACCUUCUCCAUUUAUAUUCUCAACCUGGCUGCAGCUGACUUUCUCUUCCUCUGCUUCCAGAUCAUAGAAUCCCUGGAGGAAGUCUUUAACUUUUUUUCUUCCAUCUCCAUGCCCACUCCAAGGUUCUUCAUGAUUGUGUCAACCUUUGCCUAUCUUGCAGGGCUAAGCAUGCUCAGUGCCAUGAGCACCGAGCGCUGCAUGUCUGUCCUGUGGCCCAUUUGGUACCGCUGCCACCGCUGGAGACACACAUCAGCUGUCGUGUGUGCCUUGCUUUGGGCCCUGUCGCUGUCGCUGAGCAUCCCUGAAGGGAAGUACUGUGGCUUCCUGAUUAAGUGGUAUGACUAUGAAUGGUGUCAAAUAUUAGAUUUCAUCACUUCCGCCUGGCUGAUGGUUUUAUUUGUCACCCUCUCAGGGUCCAGCCUAACCCUGAUUGUCAAGAUCCUUUGUGGCUCCCAGAGAGUGCCAGUGACCAGGCUAUAUGUGACCAUUGGGCUCACGGUUCUGGUCUUCCUCUCCUUUGGCCUGCCCUUUGGGAUGUACUGGUUCCUCUUAUUCUGGAUCCUGAGUUACGAUGUUAUUCCUUGUGAAUCCUUUUGGGUUACAGUUGUUCUGUCCUGUGUUAACAGCUGCGCCAACCCCAUAAUUUACUUCUUUGUUGGCUCCUUUAGGCAGCGGCGGUGGAAGUGGGGAACCCUCAAGCUGGUUCUACAGAGGGCCAUGCAGGACACCCCUGAUAAGGGUGACUCUGGAAGCAGGGUUUCAUCAGGAAACCUUGGAGAGUGAGCAACAGUCUGGGGUAACUCGCAAGAGCCUCUGCUUUGAUCAGACACAUGUGCUUCUGAGAGCCUUCCUGGUCCUAUCAGUAUAGGAGACACUCAGAACCUGUUUCAGUUGGUUACCUAGUUUUAAAUCAGAAGACAAUAAUUGUCCAUAUCUCCAGUGUCACGGGGCCUGUUAAACACUGAUUACUGUGUCUCUCUACCUGCCUUACUCAGGUGCUUCACCCCAUUUGCUUGUGAGACUCAUCAGCUCAGGAUCCAGGACUGCUUCUACUUUUGAACUUUUGACAAACUUUUUUUUUUUUUUAUACACCAGAAGACUGAAAACAGUAAUGGUGGUAGUGGGGGGAAUCUCAAUUUCUUUCAUCAGUGCACCUGAUAAAGACUAAAAGAAUCCUAUGUUUUGGACAUUUCCCCCUAAACCUUACAACCUUUGUCUUGAUAUUAUUAGAAGAAUAAAAUAAAUUACCCCUGUAAUCUCUCUCUCCUUUCAUUUUGGAAGGACUGUGUAUAUUGCCUUAGCAUAAUAAAUGUUUACUGAAUGAGUGUUUUCAUGGAUGAAUACAGCUGAUUCAUUUUUCAGUAAACCUGUGCUAAAUCUCCACUUAUUAGUUUUGAGUCAUGACAUUUAUGUAUUGUUUCCAUCAUUUUCAACUUUGGCAAGCUGGGUGUUCAGCUUGGUGAUCAGAUAAAGCCACAUCCAUGCAUAUUUAAGGUUUGACAUAGACUAUCUUUCUGUGAUUUCUUUCCACAUGUCCUCCAUUAGCAACCCUUAUCUUUCCAUUUCUUCCCUUUUGCCUUGGCUCUGAUACUGUCUCUCUGCGGAGCUUUCUAAUUAGACUCUUAGACUUUAUUUCCAGAAGCUCACAACAUGUAUUUUAUUAAUUGUAUGGCAUGUAUUUCUACUUAACACUUUCAGUGAAAAUAGUACUUUCAUUUUCAUGGAUAUAGUGUUUAAUUAUUUUAACUCAUGUAUAAUUAAAUGAUAAUAACGAGCACAGAUCAAAGUAUACAGUUCAAUGAGUAUAACAAAGGAAUAUAGCUACAUGACCCCCAAACAAAUCAAGUCACAAAACCAUUUUAUACCUCUGUAAGUUCCCAUUAUUUCUUCCAGUCCAUCCUCCUUGACCCAGAGCUCAGGAUGCCUCUUAUGUUUUUUUUUUUUAAUUUUAAAAUAAAUUUUAGUGUGUUGAUUUUAGGGUUAUAACAAUGCUAUUAGGUAGAUAUAGA